AUGGAGGCACCAACAGCGACAGUACCUGCGCGACGCAGACGGCAUUCUGGGUCCAUGGACAAUAGCCAUGCCGAGGGCAUUCCCAACAUCAAUAAAAUUUUAGGAACCGACAACGGGCCUAUCGAACCUCCACCAAGACCAAAAUCAACACCUGGCGAGCGUCCCACCCAACGUCGACGCCAAAAAAGCCCUGUUCGAAGCGAGGAACGGAAACAGGGAGAUGAUGAUGGGGAAGAACAAGAAAACGGGCCAGUCAUGCAAAUCGACGACGAGAGCCGGGCUAACCCUAAGCCUUCGACCGCUACUCCCAUCACGAUUCUGAAAAAUACGCACAACCACACUACGACUGCAGUAGAACGUCCUACUCGGCCUCUUCCUUCUUCUAAGUCACGUAAAAUGGCUUCAACAGCCACACCUCUUAAUCCUCAUGCCCCGAUUCACCACCCCGCGAACCCGUUGAUGUUGCCUGUGCAAGCUCAGGUGCCCCGUGGGGCUGCUGCGACGACGCAGCGCAGACUUUUUGUCAUCCUGGAGCAAGCGUGUUUGGAAGCAUAUAAGGUAUCGGGCGGAUCAUCUGGUGCAAAGGGUCGAGGAGGAAAGGAAGGAGGCGAAGCAAAAUAUACCCUCCUAAAUUGCGAUGAUCAUCAGGGCAUUCUGGCAAAGACUGGUCGAGAUAUUGCUGAUGCCAGACCUGAUAUCACACAUCAGUGUCUCCUGACUUUGCUCGAUUCGCCACUUAACAAGGCGGGUUUGCUUCAAGUUUACAUUCACACUGCUCGCGGCGUCCUUAUCGAGGUUAAUCCUCAUGUGCGCAUACCACGUACCUUCAAGCGAUUUAGUGGCCUCAUGGUGCAACUCCUUCACAAACUUUCUAUUCGUGGGGUGAAUGGUCCCGAAAAGCUGCUAAAAGUCGUCAAAAACCCUGUUACUGAUCAUCUUCCCCCGAACACCGUCAAACUCACACUGUCUUGUGAUGCUCCCACCCAGCGCCUCUCCAAGUACUUGCCGACUCUUCCUACGACACACAACAUAGCAGUAUUUGUUGGGGCCAUGGCUCGUGGAAAGGACGAUUUCGCUGAUGCAUAUGUCGAUGAAAAGAUUGGUAUCAGUGCUUAUCCACUCAGUGCCAGUGUUGCUUGUGGAAAGUUCUGUUGCGCCCUGGAAGAACUUUGGGAUAUCGUUUAG